AUGGUGCGCGUGCUCGGGAGCUUCCCCGAUGGCGACGGCGAGAUGGGGCGACGAGGCUGGGAGAUCGAAAGGCUCAUUGGCGAACGAGAGGAGUUGGAAGCGACGAGCCCUCGAAAGGAUGGCCUGGAGACCGAUGCAUCGGAGGAGGUGUUGGACCUCCAGGAGGCCCCUCCUGCGCGCUCCGACGCCGAGACCGUUCCGACCGACGCGGUCGACACCUUCAGCGACUUCGUGGCGGCGCUGGACGAGUUGGACCAUGAGAUGCCCGACGACGCGGUCUCCCCCAAGGCUGGCAGCAUGGCAUUCGCGCCAAAUAACACUGCGGUGGAGGCUGAUGCCAUAGAGCAUUCUCCCAUCGAGGCUGAUACCUUGGAAGUAUCAGAUUCCAAAGAAGUGGAGGAGGCUCCCGGCAAGGCUGACGCGUCAGCAGUUGAGGACGCUGAAGAGACUCCCAUGGAGGAUGAUGCCUUGGAGAUGGAAGUGGCCAGAUUAGUUCAGGAGACUCCAGCAGAGGCUGCUGCAGUUGAAACCGAAGUGGAGAAGGCCUUGACAUGUGCAUCCACAUUGGUUGAAGAGACUCCCGCGGAGGCUGACAGUGGUGCUGCCGAAGCUGCUGAGGAGUCAGCUGUUGAGGCUUCGGCCGCGGAUGAACACGAAGCAGCGGAGCAGGCUGCUGCAGAAACUGAAGCAGAGGAGGCUGACGCGGUCGACAUCGAAGCAGUUGAGGAGGGAGACUUCAAGGAUACAGAUGGUGAAGAGGAGGAAGACGAGGACAUCGAUGAGGAUUGGGACGAGGCGGCCCUCUCAAUCAAAGAGAACGAGCAGAUGCUUGGCAGCCUUCGCGUUCCACCGGGAGCUCCUGACCCCACAAACCAGAGCGGGCAGAGUACCUCUCUCUACCUGGACUUGACCGAAGCCGACAGUGCCAGUGCUCAGUGGCAGGAGCACAAUGUGGGGCUCAUGGUCACGGCCAUCACCAUCUCCAGCGCGUGUUUACUGUUGUCCACAUCAUCCGUGUUCUUUCACUCCCGUCUCCGGCGAGACAUGAUGGAAGUCUUCUUUCUCAUACAGGUCGUGGCGAUGAACGUGACGCUCAUGAUGCUGCCCCUCUCCCAGGAAGAUCCCCUGGACCGUGCCCGAUAUUUCACCUGGGAAUCGGCCUAUUUCAAGCUGAUUCCACUGGCCUGCUCGCGCUUCUCAAGUGCGCUUCUGCAACUGGCCAGCUCGAUCGCGAUCGAUGCUGCCUUACAAGUCUCGGCCAGUCUGUCUCAGGAUGGAAACGUCAGCAUGGAUUGGCCGUCAGUCGUCUUCCUGGUGUCCUUGAGUGCCUAUGGUUUGAUCCUCUCCUUCUUUGGCACCCGCCGCAUGCGCAGGUCAGAGGCCAAGGAGCAAAGCUUGCAGGAGUUGUUGGACAAAGUCCUCACCGAGGCCUUCAGUUCGUGGGUUCUGCUGGACCAGGACUUCCACGUGCGACGCUCCGUGAAGGAUCUGAAACUCCGGAAGUCGCGGCACUCCGCGCUGCACGCCGGAGUCCUUGACCUUCUGCUGGGCUUCAAGGAUGACCCUGCAGCCACCACCGGACUGCGAGAGGCGUUCCAAGCGGCCGAGUUUUCCGGCAGCGGCACCGCGCGGACGCGGACGACCAUGCGGACCGCUGCAGGCCAAGAGGAGCAGCCCGUGGAGCUGGUGGUCCUGCGCUCGCGCGGUCAUGACCCACGCGGAUCGGUGCGAAGAUCCAACUCCAAGCUGAAGGAUCGAGACGACGAUGCCAGGUGUUGCUGCGAUGCCGAGACGGAGUGGCCGUGCUAUGUGGUCGGCAUCUCCUCCGAGCCGUGGCCGGCGGGUCCACCGGUCGGCGCGGUGGCCAGCGCGCGCAGCCGGAAUUCGGGGCCGGAACCUGCACCCGAGCGUGCAUCUGGGCGGAGCCCUGGCGGGCGGCGGAACAGCGGCGCCAGCAACAGCUUGAUGCCCAGUGACGAGGGGGGCUCUGCAGAUGCCAGCGUCAUCUCAGCUGCGCGAGACCAACAGAAGCUCAUAGGAAUUGGAGACAACCACAGCAGUAGUGUCUUCGAUAUACAGCCGCCCACCGUCGAGACCGAAGGUGGCCGCAAAAGCUUCAGUGAGCUGGUGGAGCUGGGGCGGAGAGAGCAUUGGAUAGUAGAGCCUCACCAGCUUUGUUUGCUCGGGGACAGCGUGCUAGGCAGUGGUACCUUCGGCACUGUCCUGCGCGGCACCUUCUACGGCGCCUCCGUGGCCAUCAAGAUGCCAAAGGCGGAGAAAAAGGAGCAUUUGCCGCUCCUGAACGAGCUUCGAACACUUCGCCGGCUGCGGCAUCCCAACAUCGUGCUCUUCCUUGGAGCGCAUGUGGUGUCCCUGGGAGAAGCCGUCGGCCGGAGGUCGCUGGGGUAG